ACAGCUUCUACUAACACACAUAUUCUCACCUCAGAAUUGGCUGUUAAUUGAUCAAUCUUCCUCCUCCUUUCUGUGUUCUUUCUAUUUUCAGAGAUCAUGGGAGUAGUCAGUUAUGACCUGGAGGUUGCCUCCCCCGUCCCUGCAACUAGGCUGUUCAAGGCUUUCGUCCUUGACAAUGACAAUCUCAUCCAAAAGGUAAUUCCCCAGGCCAUCAGCAACGUUGAAGUCCUGGAAGGAGAUGGAGGGCCUGGAACUAUCAGAAAAGUUAGUUUCGGGGAAGGUAGCCAAUUCAAGUAUGUGAAGCACAGGAUUGAAGAAAUUGACAAGGAAAACUUCAUAUACAGAUAUACUGUGAUUGAAGGCGAUGCCUUGAUGAAUGUGCUUGAGAAAAUCUCUAACGAGAUCAAGUUUGAGGCAUCGGCAGAUGGAGGAUCGAUUUGCAAGAACAAGAGCACCUACUUUACUAUUGGAGACUUCGAGCUCAAGCAAGAGCAGAUUAAGGCUGGCAAAGAGAAGUCCUUGGAAAUUUUCAAAGCUGUUGAAGCCUACCUGUUGGAAAAUCCUGAUACCUAUAAUUAGAAUCUAGAAUAGUCCCUUGUGCCUGUUGGAGCUGUGGGUUUGAUGUUUUUGGUUUUCUCAUCCUUGCGGGAAACUACCUUUUCACCAACUCAUAAUAAUUUUCAGUUGUAAGAGUCAGUUCACUUUUUUUCUUUUUUUUUAAAUUUUAUCGUAGCAGUUCAGUUGUGUGUUGUUAUUUUCGUUGGAAACGAGUCAGUUGAACCUGAUUUUGAAUAAAUAUACCAGAAUUAUCAUUUUAUCA